CUCUUGGGUUAUUAAAUCAGCCUGUCGUUACGGUUGACCUGACAUAUAGUCGUUUAAGUACACAUGCUUCUUGUGUUUACAUUGCAGUACAGGUGUAAACGCCACUGAGAUAAGAUUCACAUGCAGGAUUUUAAAACUUUUUAAAAACGUGGAAAUAUUUUUUGACACAGCAGAGAAUUUACAGCAUGUAGCUCAAUGGGCCAGUGUCUGAGCCUAGACCAGGAAGAACUAAAGGCCCGGGCUCGGAGUGAGGCUAUCGACCGCAACUUGCAGACCUGGGCCAAGAAAGAUCAGAAUGUCAUCAAAAUUCUCUUACUGGGAGCCGCAGAGGGAGGAAAAAGCACCCUAGUGAAGCAGAUGAAGAUCAUCCAUAAUGAUGGCUUCUCUUACGACGAGUUGCUGACUUUUAAGCCAGCCGUCCUGGAUAAUUUACUCGGGUCGAUGAAGUAUGUCCUCACAGGCAUGGGGCUUCUCCGCAUCAAUCUCGAAAAUUCAAAGAACAGGCACUAUGCUCAGGUGAUUCUGACUUGCACAUGUUGCUUUGACAAGCGUCACGAUAUGAUCCCCGCGGUGUAUACGGCACUCCGAGCUCUCUGGCAGGACCGAGGAGUGAGAAAUGCGGUAUCCAGGGGGUACGAAUAUGAACUCAACGAUUCCGCCAUUUAUUAUUUUGAACACAUGGACAGGAUUUGUAAAUCCGACUUUGUGCCAAACUCCAAAGAUGUCCUGAGAGUCCGAGUCCGGACGACUGGAGUCUUAGAAACCUGUUUCAAGAUCGAGAAUGUUGUCAUUAGGAUGUUUGAUGUUGGGGGUCAGAGGUCAGAGAGGAAGAAGUGGAUUUCUUGUUUUGAUUGUGUGAAAGCCGUUCUCUUCGUGGCAGCUCUUAGUGCUUAUGACAUGUGUUUGUAUGAGGACCCAGACGUGAAUCGUCUUCGAGAGAGUUUGACUUUGUUUAGGGGGAUAUGCAAUAAUAGAUUCUUCAGAGAAGCAGCUGUGAUACUCUUCCUCAAUAAGCUGGAUUUGUUCAAAGACAAAAUUCGCUAUUCAGGUCGACAUCUUCGGCAUUUCUUUGAGGAAUAUCGAGGGAAAGACAAAGAUGUGAAAUCAGCAGCUAUGUUCAUUCAACAACAGUUCAUGGAACAAAGUACAGUGGCAUCCAAAGUUAUCUACCCACAUUUCACCACUGCCACAGACACAAGCAAUAUUCAGGUCGUUUUCCAAGUUGUCAUGGAUUCUAUACUUAGAGAUAAUCUAAGUAAAGCUUCAAUCUUAUAGCUGUCUACAAUUACCUGUCGAUAUUCCGUGGGAUUUUUUGUCUUCCACUGCAAACCAUCACUUGUCUAAUAACACAUUUAUAUCACUCUGUGUCACACUAGUUUAUUUUUUGAAGACCCAACAAAGAUUCUUUCCAUUUUUCAUUACAACUCUGGUACAUCAAUGAAGUACAGUUUACAUGAACCGUUUGCAUUCAUUUUUAGAAAAUAUGCAUAUGAUGCAGCCGGUGUGCGUGUAGAUUUAUCAAACUUUCAUCUCAAACCUUAUCUUUUGACUAGCCUUAAAGGCUUUGUGUAUGAUUAAAUGUUAUCAACGUUUUGUCAUUUUGAAAACAUUUUACAACACUGCCAAUUUGAAGCAUUUGUUAUCUGUUUAUGUGUUGUAAACUUUAUGUGUCAGCUCAAGGGAGAGAACUGCAGGAAAUCGUCUACAUUUCAAAAAUAAUUGUGUGUCAAAAAUCCUGCUUGUUUAUGUUAGUGCAUUUACUUGUAGAAAAAUAUCAGACAGAUUAUAACUGAUCUCAAUUCAUGGUGUAAAUAUUUUUUAUUUAUUGUUCAUUUAUCUUAAGUUGUGCACUAUGGAUUUUUCACUCAUCUCCAUCAAUUAUUGUCUCCAAAGGCGUAUUAUUUUCAGACUGACAAGAGACACUUUUGAUAUUUUUAUUUUGUCAGACGAGUUGUUUUUACGAAUUUUCAGAAAGAAAUUUUGACAAGUGUUGGUAUUCCAUAUUUUAUUGACUUAAAGAAUGACAUUUUCUUAUAUAUGAAAUGUUGUUUUUAAUUCAGAUGUGUCAAACAUAUAUUAUAUUUUGUGUUUUCAUAUUAACAAUAUUGUUACUGAUCUUUACAUUUUAUAUAGUGCUAAGUUUAGAACAUGAUUUUAAUUUUUGUACAUAGAAUGCUGCAGGUGGUAGCAUGUUGACAUAUAUAAAGCACAUUCCUGUGUUUAUGUAAAAUAUUGUGUUAAAACAAUCUCUCUGAUGUUUAUCUACCUUACAAUGUCUCGCUACGCAGAUUGACAAAUUUUUAUUUUUCAUCAUUUUUUAACUUUGUGACAGUCCACAGUGUUGAAUUAUUCGCCUGUAUAUUUUAAAACAAACAUUUUUGCUUGAAUUUGAUGAGUUUUAAAGUAUCAUACCAUUUUGUCAAAGUAUAAAAUCAAAACAAAUUCGUAUGUAAAAAAAUUUAUGUAUUUCAUCUCCAUUUCAUCUUUGUAUCAAUGAAUUAUACCACACAUAAUGAAAAUAUUAUCUGUUUUGAAGAAAUGUUUGUAAAUUAAAUACAUGAGUGUACUGUAAAUUUGGAAAUUUCACGUGAGAUUCAUUUAACAAGUACUUGAUAAAAAUUUAUUCACAUGAUUA